AAUUAUUACCUGCAGGUAAGAUAUUAACUGUUUAAAACCUUUUCAUAGAAGCUCACUUCUAAAGUUGUCUCCCUUUAACGUCACCACGUUUACACAUUCACCCAGAUGAUCAGUAUGAUCCUGACAUUGCCUCUGUGACCUAGUUUUAAGUAAACAAUCUGGUCACAAACAUCUUCUCGUCACUACAUAUUAUUCGAUCCUAGUGGAGGUGACAGCUGUCUCAAGACUCUUCCUACCAAAUCGCCAACCCUGCCCCCAUGACAAAGCCUCUUUCGUUCAGCGUCAUGGAGGAGAGCGCAAGUCUGGGAUUAGCUUAUUAAGGCCGACAUCUUUGAUCUGAGGUUAUCUCUUCCAUUUCCACGGCAACCUGAUCGUACUGUGGCUUCCUAACACCCACGCGCAAGCGAGUACUCAAACCCACACACUGAAACACAUGAAUGGGCCUUAAAGCCCUAGAGAGCAGGCCCAACAGAGAUGUGAAGUGUAGAUGUGCAGCAACAGCUAACCAUCGUGUCAGGUUUCUGGGGGCUCGUGCUAAAUUUAACCUUGUGAUCCUGCAGAAGGCAGAAGGGUUUAAAUGCCAGCCUACAGUUGCUCCACACCAGUUGUUCACCAAACGUCUUCCACUCAUCGCAAAUUCUGGCCAAGAGGAAGACAGGCGCACAGGCGUACAGUCCAACACACGUCGCAGAGGCAGGAACCAAGACCACUCACUGAAGAGCAGCUACAAACGAAGCAGGGAUUGUUGCCCCUUUACAUCCAGAGCACAACACGAGCCAAUAUGGAGCUCUUUGAGACCAACCCUUACUUCUUUCCUGACCAGCGCUUCUAUGAAGGAGGCGACAGCUAUUUUCCCUCUCGUCUGCCUGGAACAUAUGACCAAGCUGCUUACCAAGACAGAAACUCCAUGAUGGGCUUGUGUGGGAAUCUUGCUGGGGGUGCUAGUGUGGGAGUAGCAAGCACUGAGGAUAAAGCUUCUCCCUCCAGCCUGUCACCUCAUUCUGAGCCCCACUGUCCCGGUCAAUGCCUACCCUGGGCCUGUAAACUGUGCAAAAGGAAGACCGUGACCAUGGAUCGCCGGAGAGCAGCAACGCUGAGGGAGAAGAGACGCCUAAAAAAGGUGAAUGAGGCCUUUGAUGCCCUGAAGAGGAGCACCUUGAUGAACCCCAACCAGAGGCUGCCCAAGGUUGAGAUCUUGCGUAGUGCCAUACAGUACAUCGAAAGGCUACAAGCUCUGGUGUCCUCUCUUAACCAGCAGGACACAGAAACAGGACAGCAGGGACUGCACUAUCGACCCACCCCGAAUCAACCCAGAGUGUCGUCGUCCAGCGAGCCCAGUUCAGGCAGCACCUGCUGCAGCAGCCCCGAGUGGAGCAGUACUCCGGAGCAGUGCCCGCCAAGCUACAGCGAUCUUUUGAGUGUUGCUGAAUCUCCUGAGCAGGGGAACAUGCAGGCCUUGAAUUCUAUUGUGGACAGCAUCUCUGCUUCUGAGGGAGCUGUGGCCUUUCCAGUAGACAUUCCCAAAUAGACCCACCAAAACAGCGGGAUCAUAGAUGUAGAUGCACAGAGAUCCAUAAAUAAUAGAGAGAAGAAAGAUAAUUGGUGAUGCUGUUGAGGAGUAAUUUAAAUCUUUUAGUGAAUCUAAUGAUUUGAGUGUGUUGUCUUAUGCAAACUAUCAAAAUUUGUGAUUAAUUAUGAUUGCAACUCUGCUGAUCUAAAAGUCUACUGGCCAAACUGAAUUCCUCCUUUCACAAUGAGGCCUUAUUCCCUGUAUUACUUGCCUUAUCAUGUGGUCCAGUCCUGUUUGUCAGAACUACAGACGCUCAGUAUAACUUUGCUGCAUGAGUUUGCUGCAUGAACCCAAAAUCCUAAUUAUCUGAGCGAAUCUCUGUUAAACCUUCCUCCAGACUCACAAAUGAAUUGUAUUGUUCGAACUUAAUUUAAGUGUUCCUCCUUAUCUCUGAUUCUUUUUGUGUGAGUUUAAUGCUUAAAAAAAAACCAUGAGUUUAUUUGUGGGGCCAAUAUGUACCAUGGCAGUGUUGACCAAGAUCUGCUUAAUUUAAACAGGUUAUAAAUGCUUUUGUUGUAAAUACGUUCCCUUUUUUUUACAGAGUGGUUUUGCAAUUUUUUUUAUCUUUGCUAACUUAUUUUUGACUUUUAUAACUAAGAUUGUUGUGUAUUUGUAGAUGUUCUGAAAAGUGAUAUUGUUCCAUUUUAACUCUUGGAAUAAAGACGAUUUUUAAUA